ACGUAAUAAAGAUAACAUUUAGUAUUUAUAAUACUGAAUCACACUUGAGGAUUCAGACCUAAUUGGAACUCUAGUUGACGAACACUAUAGUAAUACAGAUUACAAAUAUGUAUUUAUACGCGAUUGUUCUAUUGUGUGGGAUUUAUCUUAGUUCUGCUGCCACCUUUAUUUCAACAGAGUCUAGUGGGAAUGAGACAUCUUUAAAACAGACGGAGAUACCAUGCCUAAAGUUUCCACCACCACCUCUGAAUUCCCGCAGAAAGUGUAGUAACGAGAUUUGUAGGGUCACUUGUAUGAAUGGGUACACAUUCCCCGAUGGAAGUACAGUUUCAGAAAUACGCUGCAUGGCAGGCGCCUGGGAGCCGACUAUUCCCAACUGUAUACCAGAAUGCAAUCUCCCCUGUUUCAAUGGCGGUGUUUGUGGGGCGCCUAACACCUGCCUUUGUCCCACAGCGUACAAAGGAUCUCAGUGUCAAUACUCAAAUUGUGACCAAGAGUGCCAGAACGGUGGUAUUUGCGUCGCAAAGAAUUUCUGUCAAUGCCGCGAAAAUUUCUACGGGAACUAUUGCGAGAUUAAAAAUGAGUGCUUAGCGCCGCCCAACCUACCAAUGAACUCCCGGAGGUUAUGCAGUACACUGUCUUGCAUCGUCACGUGUAACAACGGAUACAAGUUCCCCGAUGGCUCAACUGACGCAGGAGUUCACUGCGUGGAAGGCGCGUGGCAACCUACAUCGAUGCCUGACUGCAUGUUGAAUUAAUUGUUUUUGA